AGAAGCUGUUCAAAAAUGGCGAAUAACUUUGCAAUUAUCAUUACAUGUUCAAUGUUUCUAGUGGCGGUGGUGGUUGCCGUGGUGGUGGGAAUGAACCACACCUCGAGCAAGAGCGAUGGCGAUGGCGGGGGUGUGACGAGUUCUAAGAAGGAGGUGCACGCACUUUGCCAACCCGUGGAUUAUAAAGAGAUAUGCGAGCAGAGCAUGUCCCAGUCGAACUCCACCGACACCAAGGAGCUGAUAAGGGCCGGUUUUCAGGCGGCGAUGAAGGAGAUGCAGGCGGUGUUGUCUAAAUCGGCGACGAUCCAUGAGUUGCAGACGGAUGAAGGGACAAAGGAUGCAUUUAAGGUUUGCCAGGAGGUGAUGGGUUACGCCAUCGACGACCUCGAGAACUCGUUCAAGACGCUCGGUGAAUACGACGUGACCAAGAUCGACGAUUACCUCAUGAACCUCAAGGUGUGGUUGAGCGGCGCCGUCACAAGUCAACAAACAUGCAUAGACUCGUACGAAGAGAAGAACGGCACGGCGGCGGACAAGAUGAGGAGUCUCAUGAAGAAGUCACAGGAGCUAACCAGCAACUCUCUCCAUAUAGUGUCUGGCAUAUCGUCCAUCCUCAAGGACCUCAACAUCCCGGGCAUCGACAAUCUCGACACCACUGGACUCGAACGGAAGCUCUUGUCGAGCGGAGAUGACAACGAUUUCCCACAGUGGGGUGGGAUGGAGCCCCAUGAUCAAAAGCUCUUCUCGUUGUCGUCUUUUAGUAGGGAUUUGAUCACACCACCCGGUGAUGAUGUCCAACCUGUGAAGAAAUUAAGAAAACGAAAGCUCUUUUCGAGCAAUGAUGACGAUGAUUUCGCAUUGUGGGGGAUGAAAUCUCGCGAUCGGAAGCUCUUCUCGAGCAGCGACGACGAUGAUUUUGCACUAUGGGGGAUGAAAUCCCGCGAUCGGAAGCUCUUCUCGAGCAGCGACGACGACGAUUUCGCACAGUGGGGGAUGAAAUCCCGUAAAAGAAAGCUCUUGUUGAGCAGCGACAACGAUGAUUUCCCAACGUGGAUGAACUCCGGCGAUCGAAGGCUCCUCCAAGCGGUGGAAGUUAGGCCCAACGUCGUCGUUGCUAACGAUGGAAGUGGCAAAUACGAUAGCAUCAACAAGGCUUUGGCCGAAGUCCCAAAGAAUAAUCCCACACGAUUUGUUAUUUACGUAAAGGCCGGCAUUUACAAGGAGAACGUCAACAUUACCAAGGGCAUGGACAAUGUUAUUCUAGUGGGAGAUGGUCCGACCAAGACCCUCAUCACCGGAGACUUGAGCAGUGAAGCUCAUAAGCUUACCACAUUCCACACCGCUACUGUCGCUGUAAAUGCAAAGCAUUUCAUAGCCAAGAACAUCGGAUUCGAGAACACAGCCGGAAUAGCAGGUCAACAAGCAGUCGCCCUGAGAUCAUCCGGCGACAUGGCCGUAUACUAUAAUUGCCACUUCAACGGCUAUCAAGACACUCUUUUCGCCCACAAGGAGAGGCAGUACUACCGCGACUGCACCAUCAGCGGCACAGUGGACAUCAUCUUCGGCGACGGGAGAAGCUUAUUCCAGAACUGCCAGAUCAUCGUGAGAAAGCCGGCUCCCAACCAGAGUUGCAUCGUCACGGGACAUGCAAGAAAUGACGAUAAAACCCUUAGCGCCAUCGUGCUCCAAAACUGCACAAUCUCCGGCGACAAGGACUAUCUCCCAGUUAAGGACAAGAACAAGGCGUACCUCGCCCGACCCUUGAAGCCAUAUGCCAUCACCAUCAUAAUGCAGUCCCAAAUCAACGACAUCAUCACCCCCGAAGGGUACACACCGAUGAACGGAACCGUGGGACUCGAUACCUCAUUUUACGCCGAGAUCGAUAAUAGGGGAGCAGGCUCUAAAACUAGUGGCAGGGUCAAAUGGGGUGGGAUCAAGCACCUUGAUUUGAAUGCCGCAAAGAUAUACACCCCUCGCAUCUUCCUUGAAUCCGAAACCUGGAUUCCAAAAACUGGAAUUCCCUGCAAUCCCGACUUGUUCAAAGCGGUGUAA